CAACUUUUCAUCUGUCAAAACAUAUGUUGGUUAUUAACUGCAUUUUCCGCUAUUUCUAAUUUGCUCAUAUGCUGCAUAUACGAACUAAUAAUUCAUAUAAUCUUCACGGCUAAACAUGCGCAACAUAUUUACUAACUCUAGGAAAAUCGCUCAGGUAAAUUCCCGAACACGAAAAACCGUAGCACACUCAGGUAAGGCUUGCGAAGUGCCGAUUUGUCGCUGCCAAAUAUAAAAACGCAGCCGAGUGGCAUAGUCCUUUUAGUCAUGAAACUAUCCGCAAGUUGACAUCGGAACCGCAGUGAAUAAAGUUUUAUUAUAUUCAAAGAUUGGUGAAAAAUAAAGUGAAAAUACUUACAAAAAUACGUUUCUAAUAUGAAAAGUACAAAAAUAAAUAAAUGUUGUAAAUAGAUAAUAUUUGAAAUAAGGAAACUGACAAGGAAACUGUAAGUGCGCACAAGUUCGCAAUCAAUUACAGCGCCAUCUAGCGCGAAAAUAGUCGCGGUGAAAACAAAUUGUAGCGUCACUUGCUCUAAUUAGGCAGCACUGAAGCACUAAAGUGACAUAUAAUUUAAAAGAAAAAAGUUCUUCAAUUUAAACGCUUGUUAUGGAAGACGAUUUUCAAAUCGAAUUCAUGUCGCUGCCACUUGAAGAUCUUCAGGAUCACUAUGGAAAACUGUUUGAACGUUAUCGACAAAUGCGCGAUGAUGCGGAGGCCGACACACAGCGUAUCCAUGAGUUGAAGCGCAAUCUGGAGACAGCUUAUGCUGCAGAAAAUUAUCUUUCACAGGAAAUCGAAGAGCUCAUGCGAACGCUUGCCUCGAUUGAAAAGGAGAGUAAAGGGAAAACUAAAGUAGAAACGGAGCUGGAAGAUUUGCGUAGACAACACCAUACUUUAUCUACAGACUACAGCACAUUGCAGCAGGACUACGCGACGUUGAGUGCAGAAAAUGCCGAAAUGCGUAAACAGUUAGAAACAGUAAAAUCAGCAAAAAGGCUAAGUACGUCGUCGAUAGUAGAUGCUGGAACAGAGGAGCUCACCCAACGUAUAGCAUCGCUGGAAGGUGAAAAUUUUUCUUUAAUGAAAAAAUUGGAAGAGUUCCAGGAAAGUAUGGUGCGGCAAACAAUGGCGUUAGCAGAAAGAGAGAGUAAUAUAGAAGUUUUACGUGAUCAAGUAACAUGUUUGGAGGAAAAUUUACGUUCAAAACGUGAAGAUUUAGAUGAAAAGACAGUUUUGCUUGAAAGUACCCAAGAACAUUUAGCCGAUGCAAAUGCGAGGUUGGCGUUGUUAGAAACAAAGCCUGAGGGUGUUGAUCGCAAAGGCAACUCGCUCUUCGCUGAAGUGGACGACCAACGACAAGCAAUGAAAAAAUUGCUGGCUGCCCAAAAGAAAAGCUACAUUGAUAUGAAGAAAAUCUGUCAUGACAGUCAGUCUGAAAUAAGACGAUUAAAGCGAGAAAAUAUUGCAAUGCACACAGAGCUUAAGGAGUGUAGUUCAAUAUUUUGUUCAGCCGACCGUACAUAUCAAGACAAACUAAAUGAGCGCAUACGCCAACUACUCGGUCAAGUAGAAGGCUUAGAGAAGCAAUUAAAUGUGUCCCAGAGUCGACUACGCGACUUGGCCAACGAUAAGGGUGUUGCGUGGCUUGAUUCGAUGCUGAAUUUCUGCAAACAAGAAACUGAUGAACUCAAGAAACAACUUCAUGGUGUGCGAAUUCAAAAAGCCAGUUUGGAAGAGCAGCUACGCAACGUUCAACAGGAGAUGACAAGAUGGCGCUUCGAAGCAUUAAAAACGCGUUGUGUACUGCUCGACAGAGAGGAUCUUUUGACUGAGCACCGCAUUGAGUUCAAAGCUAUUCGUGCAAUAGAGUUCAAUAUAACCCAGAAAGAACAGGAGACUGCACGACCCCGUAUUUUGCACGCAUCACCUGCCACACCCACGGAAAGGAAACCACAAAUACCUAGCACACCAUUACGUUCCAUUAAAAAUGAGAAUUCCUCAGCAAUAUGCAACACACCGCCUGAAAAUAUUUCAGUGAAACAAGAAGUUAAUGGUCAAAGUGGCGACAGCACACCUGUAUCAUUAAAACCAAAUGUUGAGUUUAAAGAAAAUGUUGGUACACCACAAACACAGCCGCGUUCAACUAUUUCAUUGAAGUCAGAACUUAGUUCUGAUAAAUAUUUGCGCGAUAGCAAUAUGCAGAGCAAUUCUUUAGCAAACGAAUUGCAGAUGACACUACCAAAGAACUUCAAAAGGGAACCCCCUGGACUUGAUGCUCAACCGGGUCCUUCCAUUCUCUCAAAGCAAAGUCAUGCAUUCAUCACUGAAGAUAAUUGCGAGAAGAAUGUGCAGUUCAGUGCAGCGGGUCCAACUGUACAUGAAAUUAGUGCGAAUGUCAGCUUAGAUGCCACAAAUGACGGUAGUAGUAAAGAAGCGCAGCAAAAAGCCUUUGUUAAGGAGGUGCGCAAGAAACCAAAUAUUAUCGUGCGUCAUGUGGUGGUGCCGUCCAAACGUAGGCCAAUGUAAAAUAAGAAAAGUUUUGUACUUUUAGUGCUGCUUGUGUUAAUGGGUAUAAAAGCAAUUGUCUUGAGAUAGAAAGUGAAUUUCUUUACUCUUGCUGGUUUAGAUUUUUUUAAUAAUUAUAACGAUUUUUAAAACUUUGUGUAAAUGAUUGAGAAUUAAUUUGCAUAUAUUGCAUUCCAGUAUUUUACCGUAAUUUGUAGAUUUUUCACUUUUAAAAAUUAAAAAAAAAAAUGAGUUAGUUUUUUAUAUAAAUAUUCAGUUACAAAGGAUUAAACAAUUUUCAAAUAAGCGAUGGAGGUGAAAAAUUCUUAAAUUACAUUUCUUAGAUGUAUGCGAAAUAUUAAGUUUAUUUUAUGUUUUAAAAUCUGUGCAUAUAAUUUAUAUAAAUAAAAAUCUAAAAAUUUCUAUUCAGUAUAUA